UCGGCGGCUGUGGCGCUGCCGCUCGGCUGCUCCCCUCCAACCUGGCCGUGACGCAAGCAGAGCCUACUUAAAGGCGGCCGGGCGGCGGGCGGCGAGACACUGAAGGCGACCUCCGCCUGGGCUGCGCAGCGCCAGGCGAUCGCCGCCCAGGCUGGCUCCCAGGAGCCGCCCUGCCCGCCAGGCAGCUGGGCCACCCCAGUGGGGGCCUCCCUCCGCGGGGCGGGCGGCCCGCACCGGCAUCGCGCUCCUUCGCCGCCGCCGCCGCCGCCGCCGAGGGAGCGCCGCCGCCGCUGCCCCAGCCUUAGCCUCCCGAUGAACCGCGAUGGGGGAAUGGACCAUCCUAGAGAGACUCCUCGAAGCCGCCGUCCAGCAGCACUCCACUAUGAUAGGGAGGAUUCUGCUGACCGUGGUGGUGAUCUUCAGGAUCCUCAUUGUGGCAAUUGUAGGAGAAACUGUUUACGACGAUGAACAGACUAUGUUUGUAUGCAACACUUUGCAGCCAGGCUGCAACCAGGCAUGUUACGAUCAAGCAUUUCCUAUUUCUCACAUUAGGUACUGGGUGUUUCAGAUCAUCAUGGUGUGCACUCCAAGUCUCUGUUUUAUAACAUACUCUGUUCAUCAAUCUGCCAAGCAGAGGGAAAGGCGGUUUUCCACAGUCUUCCUUACUCUGGACAGAGAUCAGGACUCCAUGAAACGGGAAGACAGUAAGAAGAUCAAGAACACCAUUGUCAAUGGGGUGCUACAGAACACUGAAAACUCCACCAAGGAAGCAGAACCUGACUGCUUGGAAGUGAAGGAAAUCCCCAACCCAGCUAUCAGAACAACCAAAUCCAAGAUGAGACGGCAAGAAGGCAUCUCUCGAUUUUAUAUUAUCCAAGUAGUCUUCAGAAAUGCCCUAGAGAUUGGAUUUUUGGUGGGACAAUAUUUCCUGUAUGGAUUCAAUGUCCCAUCAAUGUAUGAGUGUGACCGGUACCCUUGCAUUAAAGAAGUGGAAUGCUAUGUCUCCAGGCCCACUGAAAAAACAGUCUUCUUGGUCUUCAUGUUUGCUGUUAGUGGCAUUUGUGUGGUGCUCAACUUGGCUGAACUGAAUCACUUAGGGUGGAGGAAAAUCAAAAUGGCUGUAAGGGGUGUUCAAGCAAAACGGAAAUCAAUAUAUGAAAUCAGGAACAAGGACCUGCCACGAAUGAGUGUGCCUAACUUUGGCAGGACUCAGUCUAGUGACUCAGCUUAUGUGUGACACAGAAACAGAAUACUUCACUAAGUAUAACCAACCAUGUGGACAUUUAGAGUUAGGGAAAGAACACUGCUUAAGCGAUCAUUUCCUCAAACCACCAAGAAAGCCGUUAAGGUAUGGAUCUGCACUUUCUGAGUCAGACACAAAACUGAGUGCUAAAGAAGAGACUGAUGAAGACACAGCUAUAUAACACAUUCUGUCUGGCCUUACAGCACAGUUACUUAAUUUUUCCCUAAUGAUCCAAUAUUGUCUUUUGACUGGAACAACUUUUUUUGUCUGUCAUUAGGAUAAGUCUGUCUGCUCAAUUGAUGGAAAGAUGCUCAGAAUGUUAUAUUUAAAAUUUUGGAAGGGGGCCAUUUAUUGAGGGAAGGGCUUGGGGCGGGUAUUGUAGUAAUGCAAAUGCAAGCAUGUUUAUAAAAACAGGGGAGGGUUCAGCUGUCCAAAAAUAUGACCACAAAGUCAGCCAGAAACAUCCAUGAACUUUGUUUGAUGGAUGCCUGACAUUAUGCUGUCUGUCUGCAUCACAUAGUUGGUUACCAAGUAGAUGAGUUCUUUUCUAUCAUUGUUUUGUAAAAAAACAAAACAAGUAUACAAAAAUAGUAUGCUGAAUAUCAUUUUGCCAUUUUUUUUUCUGUUUGGCUGCCUGCUUACACCAGAGACCUUAAUCAUCAUAAUGCUAGUUCAGACUUACAACAUUAAUAAAUAAUUUUCUAAAGAAAUCACAACAAUUCCCUGCUACAUGUAUAAACAAGAUGGAAUGAUCUGAAGUUCAGCCAAGUCAUGUACUUAGAGGGUUUAAAAAAAUACAUAUACCAAAGGAGCAGAAUUUAUUGCUGUUAACUGUGAAUAUAUGUCACCGCGUCUUUGCUCUUAUAUAAAUAAGUGCCAUACUUGAAGAUGAAGUAUCUAACUUUGU